GAUCCUCACCACCCCCCUGAUCCGGGCGCACGCUGACAGACACAGAGCGCACUGCUUUCGAUGCAUCCAUCAAGCCAGCUGCGCAACUCGCGCGCUUAAUCGGACGCACUAUGCUGGGCUUUAGCUUGAAGGAUCAGUCUGGGCGCUUGAUGUCGCUUGGCCAUCCCAGCCUUCGCCUUCGCCUUCGCCUUCGCCUUUUCAAUCUCGAUCCUCCUCUGCUAGCAUGCACAUCCACCAUCCACCGCACACUUAGGAGCAGCAGCAGCAGCAGCCCCGACGCAUCCGGCGCGCCCCUCCUACAUCUCCGAUCAGCCCAAAUCCUGCCGCCCAAACACCAACGUAUCGCACCCAACGGUGCUUCGCAGAGCGACACCAUCGAUCUUUGUAUUGGGGAUGCGCCGCAAUGUUGGGCCAUCGUUGGCGGAGAGGGUCGAGGGGAGGCUGUGCGAGAAGCGCUUCGAGAUGUUAUACUAGGCAGACGCAAACCUCUUUCUCUCUUUGCUUCCUCCAACACCACCACUCACGCCUUGCAUCCCUUCUUGCAGCCCGAUUUCCCGCCCUCCCAUCACAUCCUGCACCUCUCCUUUGGCGCGCGUGCAUCCAAUGCGGGUGCUUUUGUCGACUACUCGGCGAGAUAUGCUGCUGUGAGGAAUGACGAGGAUGCGGUGACGCUGUACGAAGCAGCUAUGCGAUCGCUAGGCUUCAGCGUGGGUCAAGUAGCUCGACUAUCCUGCGUUGCCGACGACCUCCUCAUCGCACCCACUGAAGCCGACAAAGAGGCAGUGGCGCUCGGCAAGGAGAAGCAGAGAAGUGCAGCGUGGAAAGCGCACGAGAAGAUCAUGCGCACCGCUACGAUGCUCAGGUUGGACAGACCUCCUCCUGCUAGCGAUCUGGCCGGAGUGCGCAAGCACGAACAAUCCACAGCGCUGCUUCACACACCACUCAUCAGGCUCUCCAAUGGACAAAUGAGAAGAGCAAGAUUGAUGGAUGCGCUGGUGCGCUGCUCCUCCGUCCCUGGCAGCGCUUCGAACAGCUCACAAGCAGGUCCAGGCGCUCUCUUGGUGCUCUCUCAACCAUACAAUGGUCUCGACGCAUCUACCCGCUCGCUGCUCAGCGAAAUUCUGCAAGAAAGGCAUGCGGCCAGAGAUCCCAGGAUCCUCCUCUUUCUUCGGGCGCAAGAUGAAGUGCCAGAUUUCAUCACUCACGUGGCCUUCAUCGCACAAGAUGGUCGAGUCCGAGCGGGAGAGAGGGAGGAGAUGCUGGAUGUGAUGCGGAGACAAGCUGACAGCGAUGCGCAUGCUCAGGGAAGCUAUGGGCUGGUCAAACAGCUCGCAACAUCCAAGCGGAACGAGCCAAGUCUGGGCCAGUCAUCCGCACCGCUGGUCAAGUUUACAAAUGUGGGCGUCAAGUAUGCGGGCAAGAUGGCUUUGGAUGAGAUCACUUUUGAGGUGCAUCCGGGUACGAGGAUGGUGCUGGUGGGCGACAACGGAUCUGGAAAGUCGACGCUUCUGAGUCUCAUCUUGGGCGAUCACCCUCAAUCCUUUUCCAUCCCAUCCGAUCGUAUUUCGCUCUUUGGAGCUCCACGUUCCGCUCCUUCCAACGCCACCCUCCUGCUCGCUCGUCGCAUCGGCCACGUCUCUCCCGAGCUCUUCAACGCAUUUCCCAGAAAAGAUUCGGAGAGGGGCGGGUUGACGGUGGGGCAGGCUGUGGGUAGCGGGUUCGAGGGCGUAUUUAGCAGAAGAGCAUUGAAUGAAGAGCAGAGGGAAAGGGUGUGGAGCAUGCUUGCUUUGUUUCACGAUGUCAUCGGCUCGCAGACCGAUCAAACGCAAAGCGCACCCUUUACGAAUCGUUCUGCCAACGAAUGCGCAGCACCGACGGCAGCAAUGCUGCCGUUCGAUCCUAGAAGCUCAGACGCCUUGGACGCAGCCAAAAAGCUCUCCGAGCAAUCCUUCUCUUCCCUCUCCUUGGGAUCCCAAUCCAUCGUGCUCCUUCUUCGCGCAGCCAUCAGCAAUCCUCCCCUUCUCAUCCUCGACGAACCGUUUCAGCAUCAGAAUAGUCAUCAAGUCGAACGAUGCAGAGCUUUUUUGGACUCUUCAGCUCCACAUUCCGCACUCUACCAGGUCGAUGCUGGCCAAGCGACGCGAGAUGCGUUCGCCAUUGGCAAGACUGCAGAAGAGCGAGAGAGGGAUGCGCUACAGAGGAGAAGCGCGGCAAUCAUCGCCGUUUCGCAUUACGAGAGCGAAUGGCCUCAGAGCAUCUCUUCGCUGAUCAGACUUGACGCCGGCAGAGUCGUGGAGAGACUAGGCAGCUGAUGACGUAUUCUUUGCUCUGGCUUCUGGGCUGCGGAUCUGUACAUCGCCUAAAAAUGUGCCUCGAGCGCGCAUCUCCUUCAUCUAGAAGCACUGCUACUAUUCCAAUUCUCCUUGCACUGGUCCAAACGUAUGUAAUACAUGGCUGUUCGUC